UCUAUUUCUGCAGAGCGUAGGUUGAAGAUGCCACUGGAGUAUACUCCUCUUUCCCAGCUCAAUGCAUCUCAAAAAGAAUGGAAAAUCCGAGUGUUGGUCUCAUGGGUAUGGAACUACUACUCCAAAAAUAAACCUGAAGUUGUUCUCGGGAUGGAAGCUAUCCUUGUGGAUGAAAAAGUGUAUACACUUUGAUAUCUAAAAAUAUUUUGUAGAAACCGUUUGAGUAAUGUCUAAUCUUUAAUCUUUAAUCUUUCACACUUGACAGGGAGAAAGGAUUCAAGCUUCUGUGAAACAGAAGUUGAUUAAAAAAUUUGGAAGGGACCUUAAAGAAGGAGAGUAUCUAGAUGUCAUGAAUUUUUGAAGUGUUGGGUAACAAUGGUGAUUACAGAGGAACCACACACCCUUACAAGAUAAGUUUUAUAUGGACUACAUAUAUGAAGACCUCUGAGCAGAUCCCAAAUCUAUCUCGCUUCAACUUAAGCCCUUUUCCAGAUAUUUUAUCUCAGUCCAAUGUUGAUGAUGUCUUCAUAGACAUACUGGGUGAAAUUGUUGGCAUGGGUGAAAUCACUGAGAGGAAGUAUGCAGGACAUUCAACAAAACUUUUGGAUAUUCAACUACGAGAUUUGAGUGAAACAAUCAUUGAAUGCACUUUAUGGGAAAACCAUGCUGAGGAUGUGCACUCUUAUAUGAAGAACAACAAAACUCGUCCAGUUAUAUUGAUUGGAAGUCUUAUGAGGACCAAAAAAUUCAACGGUAACCAUUUUAUCAUAUAAGUACUGUAUUUUUUAAAAAUAUUUAAUAACAGUAUAAAAUAAAUUAUUUUAUAUAUAG